AUGGUCGACUACGACUGGGAGCCGAUCAAGCCCGUGGGGUUUGCGGCGUCGAUGCUAGGCGUGACAAUCAUGUUUACGGCAAUCUGCCUACCCAUCUUCGUGGUCCGCAUCUGGAUCAGGAUAAGCUACGGCCCGUACCUCCUAGCAGAGGAUUACCUGAUGUCUGUAGGCGUGUUCCUGAAUAUGAUACACAACGGGAUCGUCUUGUGGUCAGUCUUUGCCGGAGUCGGGACACCGGACAGCAAGUUAUCCCCAGGCGAAGACGACUCUGGAUCCGAGAAUUCGCUUCCCAUAUCCCUCCUCCUCCUCCUCCUCCUCCUCCUCGACAAAGUGUCCGGCCAGCUGACGGCUGCAACGGUCUUCUGGCAGAUAUUCUACGUCACCAGCUCCCUCAUGAUCAAGACCUCGAUUGCUGUGCAGAUUUCCCGAAUCGCCACCCAACGCCUAUACAAGAUCUUCCUCUACAUACUCAUUGCCAUGACCGCCGCGGCAACCCUCAUCGGCAUGGUGGUCGUCCUCGCUCGAUGCCGCCCCGUUUCGGCUUCAUGGACCGGCGACGGUAAAUGCCUGGACCAGAGCCUCAUCAUCGCCCUCACAUACGUGGUAGCGUCGAUCGCUACCAUUGUCCGCCUCCCGUAUUCAUCCGCCUACUCGGCCAAGCACAAUUCACUCUGUCAGUCCAAAAACAAAGUCCUUCCCCUGCCAGAACCUUUACGGUUGCAUAGAGAGGUGGAAAGUGCUAACAGCCGGGAAGUGGGUAUCGGGCACAUAAUCAUCUGGACCGUGGUGGAGUGUAGCCUCGGCAUCAUCGCCGGCUGUCUGCCCAUGCUGCGAAGACUCUUCAAGGACUUCUCCACCGACCACUCGCACAACAAGGGUGGCUACACUCGCCAGGGGGAGAUCAACGAACUAGCGACUGUCGGCAAGCUGUCCAGCGGGAAGAAUAGGAACGCGGCUGUGGAAGUCACCGUCUACACCAAGGGUGAGAACGACGGCAGCGCUCAGGGAGCCGGAAGUGAUGCUGGAAGCACCAAUCAUAUCAUCAGAGUCACACGGAGCGUGCGCCAGACAUCAGCAAGCAUAGACAGGUGA